AUGCUUGACUAAAACUAGAUGCUUUUACAAAUGAAAUGUCUUAUUAAUAAAAAUUACAUUCAAGUUUUAUAAGUUAUCAUUCUUAUAAAGUCGACACUUUAAUUUAGGGAGAAAAAUCAAUCAAUCAAAUAAAAAAAUAAAAAGAGGAUAGUAAAUUAAUUAGAUGCCAUCAAAAUGAUUUAUUAACCACAUUUAAAAUAACAAUCAAUUUAUAAUAAUUAAUUAAUAAUAAAAAGAAACAAAUAACUAAUUUCUAUCAAAACUUUUGUUCAUUAAUUUCUGCUUACCAUAAAAAUGGAUAUUAAAGAGUGCAAUAAACAAAAGUUCUCCAAAAACUACAAAUAAAAAGGUUAAUCAAUUGUAUAUCUCCAUGAUAAUACUUACUCAAGACACUUUUGCUGUGAAUUUUGCAGUUCAUACCCUUUUGGACAACUUAGAAAAUAUGAGACAUAAAAAAUAAAAUCAAUCCUCAACAGGAAACUAAAAACUAACUAACAAUACAGUGACAUAAACUUUUGA